UUUACUUUCUUUCUUUUUCUAUUAGGGUUCUAGGCCGGGGCGAUGGUGGGCUUCCUCGCUUCCUCCUCUCCCAUCGUUGACGAUGGCUCCAGAAUCAAGGCGCCCAAAGAGGAACCCAUUCUCGCCGACAAUCCACAGCGCUUCUGUAUGUUCCCGAUUCGCUACCCCAGGGUGUGGGAGAUGUACAAAAAGGCCGAGGCGAGCUUCUGGACUGCUGAGGAGGUCGAUCUCUCCCAGGAUGCCAAGCACUGGGAGUCUCUCACCGACAACGAGAAGCAUUUCGUGAGCCAUGUCUUAGCCUUUUUUGCCGCCUCGGAUGGCAUUGUCUUGGAGAAUCUGGCUGUGCGUUUCAUGAAAGAAAUCCAGAUCCCGGAGGCUCGGGCAUUCUAUGGCUUCCAAAUUGCCAUAGAGAACAUCCACUCGGAGAUGUAUAGUCUUCUUUUGGAAACUUACAUCAAAGACAACGAAGUGAAAGCGAAACUUUUCAAUGCAAUCGAGACCAUCCCUUGUGUCGCUAAGAAAGCAGACUGGGCCCUUCGCUGGAUCGACAGCUCACAGUCGUUCGCGGAGAGAAUUGUGGCGUUUGCUUGUGUGGAGGGCAUUUUUUUCUCUGGAAGCUUUUGUGCGAUUUUCUGGCUGAAAAAAAGAGGCCUCAUGCCAGGACUCACUUUUUCCAAUGAACUUAUCUCUAGGGACGAGGGGCUCCACUGUGAUUUUGCCUGCCUCUUGUACAGCUUGCUAAAUGUGAAGCUGGACGAAAAGAGAGUCAAGGAAAUCGUCUCGGAUGCUGUGGAGAUUGAAAGGCAGUUUGUUUGUGAGGCGCUGUCGUGUGACUUGGUCGGCAUGAACGCAAGGCUCAUGAGCCAGUACAUCGAUUUCGUAGCUGACCGCUUAAUGGUCGUCUUGGGUUACAAUAAGCUGUUUAACGCGAUCAAUCCAUUCGACUGGAUGGAUCUGAUCUCUCUUCAAGGGAAAACCAACUUCUUUGAGAAGCGUGUCGGCGAGUACCAAAAAGCGUCAGUCAUGGCAAAGGUUUCGAAUCCGGAGGCCGAUCACCAUGUGUUUAAGCUGGAUGAUGAUUUCUAAACACAAUUCAUCAGGCUGACAAAGACCGCAAAACGAAUAGAGCACUGUUCUCGGUGUGUAUCUACGUAACUACAGCUCCUAAAGUAAUUUCGCUACGUAAGUGUGGAAAACAAGUUUAUAAACGAAAUCAAACUAGUGGGAUUCGAGGCAAUUCUGACUGAAGAGAAAAAUCAACUGAAAUGGAAGCAAGGUGGAAGCUUUGGUAAAGAGAAAAAAAAA